AUGAAAAACUUAUUAAAUAAUUGACUAAUUAUUAACCAAUUUGGUUAUGAUUUGCCGGAGCCGUGACAAUUAAGCUUACAAGAUGCUGCCCACCCGGUGAUGGAGGAGAUAAUUUUUUUUCAUGAUCAAGUUAUGUUUAUAUUAAUCAUAAUUAUUACAACAGUAUUGUGGUUGAUUCUAAAAGCCCUAAGUGGUAAAGCUUACCAUAGAUAUUUAGUUGAUGGUACUUUAUUAGAAAUAAUUUGGACUAUAGUUCCGGCUGUGAUUUUAGUUCUUAUUGCGCUCCCUUCUUUAAAAUUAUUGUACUUAAUGGAUGAAGUUAUGGACCCUGGUUUAACUAUAAAAGCCAUAGGCCAUCAAUGGUAUUGGUCCUACGAGUAUUCGGAUUAUCAAACAGAAACUUUGGAAUUUGACUCCUACAUGGUACCAACAUCCGAUUUAAAUAAGGGCGACUUUAGACUAUUAGAGGUAGAUAAUAGAUUAGUUGUUCCUAUUAAUACACAUGUCCGAGUUUUAGUGACUGGGGCCGAUGUAUUACACUCAUUUGCAGUCCCGGCGCUUGCUGUUAAGAUGGACGCAGUUCCAGGCCGUUUAAAUCAAACUGGGUUUUUUAUAAAAAGACCUGGGGUUUUUUAUGGCCAAUGUUCAGAGAUUUGUGGAGCUAAUCACUCCUUUAUGCCUAUCGUAAUUGAAGCGGUUUCUUUAGAUAAAUAUAUCAAUUGGGUGUUACAAGGGGCCUAA